GCGAAAAUGUGCUAAAGAUAAAAAUGAAGAUUAUAUUUUUUAUAAUUGUUGUUUUUUUUGUCUAUUUUGGAGCAUGUCAAAAUGAUUUCUGCAAUCCAAACUCAAACGAGGUACAAACAUACUUUCCAAAUUUAAACAAUACAGCUUCUAAUGACACAAUGGAAAGUUUGCAUAAAAGUUAUCUUGAUGAUGCUAUGAGUCUUUUACCUCUUUGCUCAUCAAUCAAUACAUCAGAUGCAGGUUAUGAUAGCAUUGAAAAUAAAAGUACAAUUUAUACGUGCGAAGUAUUAAGCUUAGCCGAAAACGUCUCUGAAGUUUGCAUUGAAUAUGGUUACUGCCUAAAUUUUGAUCAAAACAUCAUUGACAGCUAUUCAAAUUGGCCGUGUACUAAAACUGAUACAUGUUAUGGUGUUAAAGUUGUCUUGAUUUUAACUUAUGAGUAUUCUGAACUCAAUAACGCUCAAGUAGCUUCACCUAUUGGACUUGUGUUUGUUUUGAAUCCUAUAACAAAUCGUAUAAUUAACUGUCUUAACCCUUUAUUUAUAUCUAUUGAUUUUUUUGUUGAAGAUGAUAUUCCUGCAACCUCUGAACCUUCAACGACAACCAAUUUUUAUAACAAUACUUCACAAAACAACGCAAGUACAUUUACAGAUGAAUUAUCAACGACAAGUGCGCAACUUCAGUGCUUUCAAUUCAAUAUUAAAAAUCUAACAUGGGAAACAAAUGGUUGCAAUACAUCAGAAAUCUAUGAGGAUUAUGUCAGAUGUAAAUGUUCAGGUCUAUUUCUUACUGGUGUUUUUUGGAUUAAUAAGAAUGUUGAAAAUAAUACCAGUUCUUUUACGGCAAAACCAUAUAUUGAAACAACAACAGCAAUAGAUUCAACAACAACUACAAUAGCAACAACAAGUACAACAUAUGCUGCAGGAAAUGAAACUACAUAUACUACAGGAAAUAAAAUUACAUAUACUACAGGAAAUACAACAACAUACGCUGCAGGAAAUACAACAACAACUACUUUAAACCCUACUAAUGUCUAUGUUAAUCUUAGUUUUAGUUUUCCGAAAGCAUAUAAUAAAAGUGAUGAUAUUAGUGUUUGUAAAGCAUGUCAAGAUAAGUUGAACCUGACUAAUGACAAAAUUAAAUCGUGUACCACUUCAAACGGAAGCACAAUUGUUAAUUUGGAAUUAAUUUUUGUCUCUAAUGCUCUUAAUAAUGAUUUGAAUAACAUAAAGUCAUUGAUUCAGAAUGGAAAUUUAAAGAUAAUAAUUAAUGGAGUUGAAUAUGUAGCUUCAAAUGAUUCUUUAAAAUAUAGUCAUUUAGAUGAUUCUAAACCAACCCUACCAUCAACUUAUUCAGAUGGUGAAAAUAAUCAUUUGACUGACGCCGAAAUUGCAAUCACAGUUGUGUGUGUAAUUGUUGGAGUUCUUGGACUUAUUAUUAUUGGAGUUUUUUUUUAUAUGAAUCACAAGAAGAAGCACAACAAACGACCAGUUUCACCAAGUGAUAGUACAAGUCCGAUAGAUCCAGAAGAAAAGCGUCACAAACACUCAUCGAGUGAAAAGCAUGGGCAUCAUAACCCUGCUUUUGAAGAGAAGCACCAUUAACUUACACUAAUCAGGAGAAGCACUAUUAAACAGUCGGAGAAAUGACUGCUAAUGCGCAUAUCAGUUCGAGAUAUUUAAUGACGUUUUUUGUAUCAUGUUUUUUUUGUGUGCAAUUUAAGAUUCUAUUUCGUAUUUAUUAAUUUUAAUACCAGUUGUUAUGCUUGAUUUUUAUUACGGUUUAAGUUAUCUUAAUAAUUUAGAGCUAGUUUUUUUACUUAUUACAUUUUGUGUUGGUUUAUAAUAUUAUAUUAAUAAACUAUUGUAAAUAUUGCUUGUAU